CUGUCCUGGAACUAAUUACUCCCUUCUAACUGGACCACAAACGCCCUUCAUUGCUGCCUGAACACCCUUUCUGACCCAAAAGCACCUUCUGGUUGAUACCGGACCCGGACAAAUGAGUCCCAUCAACAGUCUUUGGUUCAAGUGGAAGAGCCUGAAAUUGCCCUGGCGCACUUCAUAUCUCGUGGGCCAUGAUCUGAAGGGCAACACUUAUUGGGAGUUUAAGGAUGCUUUGAAUGCCAACCGAUAUCGUCGCAUCGUCAAAUGUGACCCCAAAACCCAUCUCUCCGAUGUUCAAGUUAGCCCACAAUGGCACCAAUGGCUACGAUAUGUUCGAGCCGACCCUCCGUCGAUUGAAGAACAGCAACAGGAUAUCCUCCGACAGAUUCAACUCAAGGAGUUGGCUCGUCUUGCGGAUGAGCGUUGGGCUAGCAAGCCUUCUUAUCUCGAUAAACCGCAGACUCAGCAGCCCGUCCCAGCUACUCAGACCAGUGACGCCACGUUGAAUCCUCCAAAGGGUGAGACGCAAUCAAAUACGGCCACCCCUGCUGGCCCGCGAACUGAGAAGAAGGAAACACCAGCCGCGAAACCAGAUCCUUGGGCCAAAGCCGCCAGCAGCCCCGGUGAGAAGUGGCAGCCGGACUCUUGGAACCCGACGUCCUCUCAGAGAUGAGCCGGACGGCUGCUGCAAAAUGUGACUUCAACCUUUCUGAUCAUUGAUGGUCACUCUAAAGUCGCGUGGAGCGCGCGACUCGUGCCACUAAAUAUCCUCACUUGCUCGACCUUUGAUGAAAGCUUGAAUAUUUGUCUGGAUGUUUGCAGGAUCCGCACUCUUCACUCUACAUCUUGCACCAGGGUUCCAUAGCGGUCAGCUGGCGUAUUCGGAAGCCCAGGAAGCCGACGUAGUACACCAGCUUCCAUGAUUUGGUGAGCGAGAUACCGAUCUAUGUAUGACGGGAAAUGCUCUUCGAGACAGAGUCUUCAGAGGGUACAUGUCAGCUUCGAGCGACAUUUGUAUAUUACCUACAUGACGCAUGUACUAUUGUUAUAACAGUGAAAGCUAGCUUGAUCCAUUCAACCUACUCGGGAUACGAGAAGCGGCUAUCUUACUAUUGAAAGAAGAAACUUGCUGG